AUGUACAACACUGCUACAAAUGGGUUGGAAGAGGCAUUCAAUAAAACGUUGUGCAACCUGCUGAAGAAAAGUUUCUCCAAGUCAAUAAGAGAUUGGCAAGAAGAGAUCAGGGAGGCAUACUGGGCUUAUCGAACCACUCAUCAUACCCCUACAGAAGUCACGCCAUACUCUCUUAUUUAUGGAGUGAAGGUUGUUCUUCCUUUUGAAAGACAAAUUCUAUCACUAAGAAUGGUGGUACCAGAGGGAUUGACUACAAAAGACAAUGUCAAGCUACAUCUUCAAGAGUUAGAAGCACUUGAUGAAAGACGACUGGAAGCUCAGCAAGCAUUGGAGUGUUACUGA